AGAGCUUUGAUCUUUGCUUAACAACAGUAACGUCAUUGCUUAGCAGGGAACGAAAGGGAGUUUUGUUGAAAGGAGCGAAGUUUGAGAGCCUCCAGAGGGCUUAAGCAGCAGCGGCAGCAGCAGCAGCAGCCAAAGCAGUUCUUGUAGCGCCUUUCUGAGUCCUUCGAAAGCCCAAAGCUUGAAAAAAGUUUAAGACAUGGAACAUCAGCUGCUGUGUUGUGAAGUAGAGACCAUCAAGAGAGCCUACCAAGAUGCGAACCUUCUAAAUGACAGAGUUCUACGGACAUUACUUAAAGCGGAGGAGAACUACCUUCCUUCUGCAAAUUACUUCAAAUGUGUGCAGAAAGAAAUUGUGCCUUAUAUGAGAAAAAUUGUUGCCACUUGGAUGUUGGAGGUGUGUGAAGAACAGAAAUGUGAAGAGGAGGUUUUCCCAUUGGCUAUGAAUUAUUUGGACAGAUUUUUGUCAGUGGAGCCCACAAAGAAAACCAGAUUACAAUUAUUGGGCGCAACUUGCAUGUUUUUGGCCUCAAAAAUGAAGGAAACGAUCCCCCUUACCGCUGAGAAGCUGUGCAUUUACACCGACAAUUCUAUCAGGCCCAGCGAGUUAUUGCAAAUGGAACUGUUGGUGUUAAACAAACUGAAAUGGGAUCUGGCUUCAGUGACCCCCCAUGAUUUCAUUGAACACUUCCUUUCCAAACUGCCAAUCCACCAGGACACCAAGCAAAUUCUCCGCAAACACGCACAGACUUUUGUGGCUCUUUGUGCUACAGAUGUCAAAUUUAUUGCUAAUCCCCCCUCCAUGAUCGCAGCUGGGAGUGUAGCAGCAGCUGUUCAAGGCCUCCACCUUAAGAACAUCGAAAUCAUGUUAUCAUCUCGGAACCUCACAGACUUUCUAUCACAAGUCAUAAAGAGUGAUCCGGACUGUUUGAGGGCCUGCCAGGAACAGAUUGAGUCCCUUCUUGAGACAAGCCUGCGCCAGGCACAGCAGCACAACAUCUCUUCAGAAACAAAGACUGUUGAAGAAGAAGUGGACAUCUCCUGCACACCAACGGAUGUGCGAGACGUGAACAUUUGAGUGGACUAUCCGUGGAGUUUGCCAUGGCAACUCAACAAAGGGCUUUUCAGGAAGGACAUGAUGGCCUAGCGUCCCCACACAAAAAAUAAGUAACAGAAAAAAUAUCUCCAGGAUGAUUAAUACAAAAGAAGGGGGGGAAAAAACGCUUCGCUCUUUGAUUCUCCUCGUUCUUUAUUUAAUUUUGUUUCCCUUCAGCCUGUGGCUUUAAAAUAAAAAAACAAAAAAAAACAAAACUUUUAAAAAGUCCAAAACCUAAACAAAAAACAAACAAAAAAACUGUGUUUAUAUAUAAAAAAAAAAAAACAAAGAGAAAAAAAGUAGUAUUUGCAUAACUUACAUUGUGCUACAAAAAUAGACAUUUAUACAAGACAUUAAUCAACUAGUUUUUUAUACAGAAAAAGGGUUUGUGCCUAUGUGUUUAUUAAAAAUAGGCAUAAACACAGAAAACAUGUCUCCAGGGGAGGUAUUAGAUAUUUUUUUUUAUAUAUAAAGUGUAAAAGAACCAUUUUUAUAGUAGAAGAGGGUUUGUUAGAUAGUACAAUUUUACAUGUUUCCUUAUAAAGUUGAGCUUUAUUGCAGCCUAGGCCUCUCUGUAUCUGCUUAUAUGUUUAGUCACUUUAUUAUAUUUUUGUCUAGCCUUUUUUAUUCCAUUUUUUUUAGAGCUUAUCCUCUUUUGCUUUGAAAUGGUUAAUGUAACCCAAUAGAUCAUGUAUUUUGUUUUAGCAUACAUUGUUAUAUGUUACUCUUUAGAGUCUGUGGAUUGCCUAAACAUAAGGCUUGAGGUGUCAGCAUUAACACUGCCUAAAUAGACCAAAUUUCUGCUCAUACAUAGUUUAUUAUACACAUGGGCAGAUGAGCUACUUUAAUACAUUUUAUUGUCAUUAAAUCUCCACGUCAGCAGUUAUAUAUGUAUUUAAAAAAAAAAAAAAAAAAAAAAAACAGACUUACUAAAGUCAUUUAAAGCCCCCUGGUGCAAUCCACAGCCGAGUUUUAUAUAAGACAAAAACAAAAAAAAAAUUCUGAGAAACAAUUCCAUUUAAAAGCACUUUCAGUCAAUUAGAUAUUACUGACUCUUCUGGAAAACAAUGUGGGACGUUACUAAAGAAAAUGGAAUGGUUUCAGAAUAUUGGAAUCCUGGUGUUUGCAAUGCAAAGCAAGCAUAUUUAUCUAUGGGGUUAUUUAGGAAGGAAGCAAGUUGUUAAAAAUGGGAGUUUCAGUGAAUGUCUUCCGGGACUGCUGGCAUUGCAUCCUUUUAUCCUUCUUGCGUAAAUGGUGUUUGAAAACGUUUGGUGCCAGCUUUAUAAGUGGGGUCCAAAAGGUGUACGUAACAUGCACACAUGAUGACUAGGUUAACUCCAGAGUUACCUUCUGUUUUGGCGACUGAAGCAUUUAAACACAAGAAAUAUGUCAUUUAUAGUCAAGAUUGAGUACUAUUUAUUGCAAAAUGUGUGGUUUUUUUUUUAGGCCAGUAUGGAUUUAGAAAUAAUGCUUAGAUUUUCAUUUAAGAUUAUUUAAAUCUGUUUAGUUCACAUUUGCUAACAACCUGAUACAUUGUGUACUUAUUGUGUGUUUUAAUGCAAACACUUCAGAUAAAUCUACGGGCCCUACUUGUAAAAAAAACAAAGGCAAUGCAAGAUAAACACCAUAAUUAAUAAUGGGUGGAAUUGGUGUACUUGAAAACAAAAACAAGUGUCGUUUCAACGUGUUCCCCCAUCCUUAAAAGUCCAUUUAGAUACAAUUAGAAGAUUUGCACAACUUGGAAAUAUACCGAUUUUAAGGUAUUCUUUUAGAAAGUAGUGGGGGGAGGAGUUGGAGAAAUAUUUGAAGUUGCUGUGUGAGGAAUAUGUGAUGGCUUGAUGUAUGUGAAUAACUACCGAUUAUAAGGUGUUGAUUGUAAAAAUGAAAAAAGAAAAAAAAAAAACGGAGUCGACACUCCUUUUAUUGAGCUGCUAUGGAGGAUUUCCCAGCAAAAGUAUGAACAGUUUAAAAAAAAAAAAAAAAAAAAAAAAAAAUUACGAUGCUUUUUUUUUUUCCUCUGAUCAAGUCAUUAUGUUUGCUGCUAUUUUGUGGAUCUUUUUUUUUUUUAUUACCAUGUCAAUAUACUGCCAUGUGACAGGUUUUUAAUUUUCUCAUAGAAAAUUAUGAUAUUAUUGACAUCUUGUUUUGUUUUUUUGUAGUUUUUUUUUUUUUUAUGUGAUCAGGUUUUACUUAAUGUGAUUUCUGUGCUAUUCCAAAAAAAAAAAAGAAAAAAAGAAAGAAAAACAUGAAAAAAAGACAAAGUUUUCUGUCCCACCAUACCUCAUGCUGCAGUUUGUCAAACUUAUUGUUAUUUAGACCAGGUUUUUACAUUUCUAUUUUAACUCUGUGCCUAAUAGUUCGGUUUUAAACUGCAAUCUGAAAUGCAUUUAUUAUUAUUCCAAAUGGGUCCUGCAGUGUGCAAGUAGAUUACAUAGAUUGAAACUGGUGCCAUAUAACUCUGAGUUUUAAGCUGUUUCUUUGAAAGAGACUGUAUUCCCCCUUAUUGGCCAUUAAUGGCCAACUUUUAUAUAUUUAUAAAGUGUUUGUACAAGUUGAAUGCAGAUGUGAUGGAAGUUUUAUAUGUCUUGUCUACUCAUGAAGCCAUAGUGUGUUUUGGGUAAUAAUUUAACAUUGAUUAAAAUGUACCUGUCUUUAUAUUUUCAACAACAACAAAAAUGACCAUAAGCUAUACAUUUUUAAUAAUAAUAAAAAAAAAAAUUAAAAAUGUAUAUACUGCACAAUAAAUUAAGUAGACACGAUUUAAGCAAACAGCUUUUUCUAUUGAUUUUUAUAAUAACUAUUAAACUACUAUUUUGAGUUGGAAAGUCAGGAUUGUCAUUUAAUGGGUCUCUAAUCUGUAUCGCUAACCCUAUACUGUACACCAUUUGCAUGCAAUCUUAUCAGAUUCUCUGUAUAUUUUUUCUCAGUUGCAGAAGUAUUAGAGAAACAAACCCAAGUUUUAGUGACCACUGAGGGUAUUAAAGACAACUGUCCUUGCUUGUAGGAACAUGCAUUAACUUAGCCAUCGUCUAUUAUGCUGCUACCCUUAUUUGUUUGUGGAGAGAAGAAGGAAUCAAAUGGUGAAACAUUUCCUUUUAGCGCUCUAAGCUAUUAUUUGCAAAGCUACUGGCAAACACAGGACCCAGGAGGACUGGAUAUAAUCGGUCCAAUAUCAGGAAUGUUUGUUACCUCAAAAAAAGAAAAUUGUGUAUGUGGCAUCUCUGUUGAUCUGGACCCUAAGUGAAUCACAAAACAAAGAGCCUUCCUGUCUGAAGAUGGUGUGCAGAUCAGGCCUCAGGGUCUCUGUUGUUUCAGGACUCCAAUGCAACCCCUCAGUCCUUAUUGGUUAACAAUGUAGCCCUGCAGCCAAAACAAUGCUGGGAUUACCCCUUCAGAAUGGGAGCUGACAAGAAAAAAAAAAAACAUGGUUCUGUCUGCACUUUAAUUCAGACUGGAGGGCAACAAAACAGUAAUACCUGGGUUCCCUUCUACUUUGUUUGGAGGAGGUGUUUUAUGCUGAAUGGCCAAAGGUUUGACAGAGAGCCCACAUACUUAGAGAUGUAUAAACCUUUGACUUCUUAGCAGUUACUGGUCUGAAAUGCACAUUUUUCACCAACAGACCUGUAUUGGGCAUGUUUCCAACAACAAAAGUAAUCUAGAAUCAAAAACAAAAUUAAAAAAACAAAAACUG